AUGGCCUGCCUCUUUUUCACCCAAGGCUCGCUGCAGCGUCUCGCUCCCUACCGAGUCGGAGCGUCGACAGCAGUUGACGUCUUGAUGGAGACGGUCGUCCAGAUCUCCAACCUCAGCAACAUUCUCCUCGACAAUAAGGAGGCGGAAGAACUCGCCGGGACGUUCGACGCGCUCAAGGAGGUCGUCGCUUUCUCCAUCGAGAUGGACGCAGUCGCUUCCGCCUUUUCCGCAAGUAGCGAGUAUGUCAAGAUGGAGGGCACUGAGUUGUUGGCCACCUACUUCGAAGAGGCGGAACUGGACCUGUUCGGCACGCACAACUACGACGUCUGCCACGAGCACAAGCUCGAGCCGAAGAAGAGGCUGCAUCACAAGGAGUGGAAGCCCGCAUGA